UCCAGUUUUCUGUCAUGUCCAUCGUGGACAGCGCACCCUGGUGGGAUUCUGUGUCCUGCGUUCUAAGCUAUUUCCCGCAAUUGGUUUGAACCGAGGCCAGACAAGCUGCUAAACUACAAGUCUCCCUAUACUUCGGGCUUGUGAUACUACUCCACUGUCAAAAGUGGCUCGUUUCCCACAACAAAAUCAACAUGUCUCCUACACAAGAGGCCUCACAUAGCGCUAGUACUGCUAUCAGUACUGGGACUGACAUACACACAUCCCCGCAAAAGCCCAUGAACGGGAAAGCUUCCAACGGUCAUCCUCCCAAAGGGACGAAUGGCGCCACCAAGACCAACUGGAGAAGGAGAAGCAAAUAUCGUCAUGUGGAAGCCUAUCAUUCGAAAAUUCGGCAUUCCAGUCUCAGUCGCGAACCCAACGUCACGGCGAGUUUCCUGGGCUUCCGAAAUCUUAUGGUCAUAGUGUUGGUCGCAAUGAACCUCCGACUCAUCAUUGAGAACUUUAUGAAAUAUGGUGUCUUAAUUUGCAUCAGAUGCCACGAUUAUCGGAGGCAGGAUGUUGUGCUCGGCUCCGCUCUCUUUGCGCUCGUCCCAUUCCACCUCUACGUUUCUUAUCUCAUAGAGCUGGCCGCGGCAAGACAGGCUAAGAAUAUUGUUGGCCAGAAGAAGAAGGACGGGUCGACCGAGGCAAAUGAGAGCGAACAACGCAUCUUCAAAAACACAUGGUGGAUCUCCGCUUUCUUCCACUGCGUGAACACCCUUCUGAGUUUGGGAAUUACGAGCUUUGUCGUGUAUUUCUAUGUUCACCACCCAGGUAUCGGCACCCUUUGUGAGCUUCAAGCUCUUAUUGUGUCGUUCAAGAUUUGUUCGUAUGCCUUCACCAAUCGCGACCUCCGUGAGGCCAUGCUUAACCCUUCUGUCGAAUCCGCCCUCCCGGAAAUAUAUUCGGCUUGCCCAUACCCCAACAAUAUCACCCUGGGGAACCUGGUCUACUUUUGGUUGGCGCCUACGCUAGUUUAUCAGCCAGUAUACCCCAGAUCGUCACACAUCCGGUGGUCGUUCGUGGCCAAGCGCCUGUCUGAGUUCUUCUGCCUAGCCGUGUUCAUCUGGCUUCUAUCUGCUCAGUAUGCGGCCCCCGUCUUGCGCAAUUCGAUCGACAAGAUUGCCGUCAUGGACAUCGCAUCUAUUCUGGAGCGCGUGAUGAAACUGUCCACAAUCUCUCUUAUCAUCUGGCUGGCCGGGUUCUUUGCGCUCUUCCAGUCACUGCUGAAUGCUUUGGCCGAAGUGAUGCGGUUCGGAGACCGUGAGUUCUACACUGAUUGGUGGAAUAGCUCCAGUCUUGGAGUGUAUUGGCGGUCAUGGAACCGGCCUGUAUACCUCUUCAUGAAGCGACAUGUCUACUCGCCGCUUGUUGGUCGUGGGUGGCAUCCUCUUGCGGCGAGCACGGUUGUCUUCGCUCUCUCUGCUGUCCUGCAUGAGGUUCUUGUGGGUAUUCCCACGCAUAAUUUUAUCGGUGUGGCAUUUGCGGGCAUGAUGUUUCAACUACCGCUGAUCAUUAUCACCGCCCCAUUGGAGAAGAUCCAAGACCCUACUGGGAAGGUGAUAGGCAAUUCCAUUUUCUGGGUCAGUUUCUGUCUUGUCGGCCAGCCUUUGGGAGCAUUGCUGUACUUCUUUGCCUGGCAAGCGAAGUAUGGUAGUGUGAGUCGAAUGUGAACGUAGUGGCACGUUCUUGUCCGCUGUUUGCCAUAGAUGUAAAUAAAUGCCAUCAACUUUAGCCUGUUUUUUUUUUUUUUUUUUUUUUUUUUUUUU